GCCCACAAUUCCCCGAUAAUCCGGUCCCGUUCGUCCCGACACUGCCGUUUGCUUGACGCUCGCCCCCGCGCUCCUUCGUCACCCUCCUCGCCCGGCCCGAUCCGAUCUUCACAGCCAUGCCUCCUCAAUCAGACGCCGGUCCCUCGCGGGCCAGUAUCGGUGACGAUGAUAUGAGAAAGCGCGUGAGCAAGAAGCUUCACAAGAAGCGGCGCGAAGAGCGCACGGCCACGGUGUUUCCGGAGCCCCUACGAGACAGCGACGACUCGGCCGAGGAACAGGAUGCCCCGAGCCAAGGGCCGCCCAUGUUUAUGAACAUGAACCAGAGCAUUUUUGGCCUUAUUGCUGCUGCCGGGUCCCGCGUCGACUUUAAUGACCGUUUCGACGGCAUCAGCAGUGACGAGGAGGAGGGCCACGGGACCACUCGGCGGGAUACCCGGGCAGAUGACCUUGCUAAGACCUCGGUCCUCAAGGUGUCCUCCAAAGAAAAAGGUAGUCGCCGCAAGAAGUUCUCUGAUCACAAGCUCUUGCGCUCCUUACCUACCUUGCCAAAACUUCUCCCCAAGUCAAAGCGACACUCAAGCCGCCUAUCAGCGCCAAAGGAGGAAGCCGAGGAGUCGAGCGAGGCCAGCACGAGUAGUGCAUCAACGCCUCCCACCUUCACACUGACCCGCCAUGAUAGCCGGCAGGCGCCUAUGAUGAGCCGGAUGCUUGAAGCCAAGGCUGAGAUGGUCAACCGGCCGAGCUUUGACGUCGAGAGGCUCUCCUCUGAUGUCAGCAGCCAGAGCCAGAGCGUCGACCUCCCUCCACUGGCCAAGAAGUUGAUGGAGAUCUUCGAAUUUGACGAGCCAGAGCAAGUCAUCGAAGAGUAUCCUUGCUGGCUGUUGCAGAGCGUCCUUCUCCAAGGCUACAUGUACAUCACGUCCAAGCAUAUUUGCUUCUAUGCCUACCUCCCCAAGAAAGCUCAUGAUGUUGCCAAGUCUGGAUAUCUCACCAAGACUGGAAAGCGAAACCCCAAGUACAACCGCUACUGGUUUCGACUCAAGGGCGACGUAUUGGCUUACUACCGCGACUCCACCAACCUCUACUUCCCACACGGCCAAAUCGAUCUCCGGUAUGGUAUCUCAGCAAACAUCACCGACAAAGACAAGGACGGUGUGCACUUUUCCGUCGUGACCCAUCACCGAACGUACAACUUCAAGGCCGACAGUGCUCCUAGUGCCAAGGAGUGGGUCAAGAGCCUACAGCGCGUCAUCUUCCGGAGCCAUAACGAUGGCGACAGCGUUAAGAUCUCUCUGCCCAUUGAGAACGUCAUUGAUAUCGAAGAUACCCAGAUGAUCCAGUUUGCGGAUACCUGUAAGAUUCGUGUCAUUGAUAAUGACGAGACAUAUGCCAUCGAUGAGUAUUUCUUUUCCUUCUUCAGCUUUGGCAAGGAAGCCAUCAAUGUCCUCAAGAUCCUCAUUGAAGAUGCUUCCGCUGGAAACCGCAACGCGGAAAAGGUUCUCGCAACUCCGGAAGACAGAGUUUCGUUGCAGCCGCCCUCAAGACGAACACCGCCGACUUCAAACAGGCACAGCAUCCAUGUGGACAAGAUUCGCACAGGAAGGUUGCCUGGGCAAGUCAAGGCCACUCUAUCUCCCAUGUCUCCCCAAUCGCCUGGCCAAAUGAGCCCCCGAGCUAGUUCCGAAAUGCCAUACCGGGCCAGCCUAGAUGCAUUCAGGCAACUAGGGCGCAGGAGUCUCGACGUGUCCAGUCUCAUCAGAGAGCAAAGCCCGAGGAGGAGUUUCAGUGGAACACGCCGCCAACAUCGAGAUGGAAAUCGAACGCCAAAGCAAGAGCAAGACUCUACGGACUCGUUCGCUCAGUCAUCCACUGAUGAUCCAAGCAUCUCAAAUCUGGCUGCAUCUUCCAACCUGGCCAGCUCUUCCAACGAGGACCCUUCGGCAAGCCAGAUCCUCAGAGGGAGCGAGGUCUUCCACAGCCCAACAAUGCGCAGAUCGGCGUCGGCUAGCAGAACGGUAGGUUCUGGGGCCAAGAAGCAGACACCCCGGAAUUCGUCGUCAAAUUUCGUCCCGCAUCCCGUAGCACAUGCUGCGACAACUGGGUCCAUGCAAAGCACGCAGCGUGACAGCACACAGCGUGACAGCUUCGAUGCUCAGCGCCCAGGGACUCCCACCCUACAGAACAUUACCAAGAUGGGCGCCUAUCCCCUUCAACGGGCGAAUGCUUUUGCCGAGUAUCUGAGCAAGACAAGUGUACGCAUGGGCUCACUUUUUGCUACAGAGUCAAUGGGAUACGUGGAGAAGGUGUCGGGCAUGUGGAAGGGUGGCCACAGGCACUACGACGAGCCUGCAGGCCUCAGAACGGAUGACGAUGAUCUCGAGGAGGACGCCGAUGGCAAGGUUCAAGUCUCGAUGGACCGCUUCCGUGCUCACUUCGCUCUGCCUGAGACGGAAAAGCUCCAAGCCACAUACUUCGGCCACAUCCUGCGUGUGCUGCCCCUGUAUGGCAAGUUCUACAUCAGCGACCGGUCCUUCUGCUUCCGAAGCUUGCUUCCAGGAACGAGGACGAAGCUCAUUCUCCCUCUCAAGGACAUCGAAACUGUUCAUAAGGAGAAGGGUUUCCGGUUCGGCUACUCUGGUCUAGUUGUAGUCAUUCGAGGGCAUGAAGAGUUGUUCUUCGAAUUCAACAAAGCUGAGAUUCGAGACGACUGCGCAAUCACGCUCCUCCAGAGCUUGGAAACGACUAAAUAUCUCGAAAAGUCUGGAAUGCUUGACCAAGAGGAGCAGGAGGAGGAGGAUUCCUACAUAGCAGAACGCGACGCGCUGAAGUCGGUUCGACAGGAUGAGUUUCCAGACCACGAGCUGGAACUUCCUCACAAGACAUCAGGAAUCCCCAACGCGCCAACCAUCCUGUUCGACGACCCGAACUGCUCGGCUCUGGCCUUUAAGCCGCAGAGCCCGAUGAAGAUUACAUGUCUGACAAUCGGAUCCAGAGGAGACGUUCAACCCUACAUUGCGCUAUGCAAAGGCCUCCUCGCCGAGGGCCACAAGCCUCGCAUCGCCACCCAUGCCGAGUUCCAGGACUGGAUCGAGUCCCAUGGCAUCGAAUUUGCCCGGGUUGAGGGUGACCCUGGCGAGCUGAUGCGCUUGUGUAUCGAGAACGGGACAUUCACGUGGUCUUUCCUUCGCGAAGCAAACUCGACUUUCCGAGGAUGGCUCGAUGAUCUGCUCGACUCGGCAUUCAAAGCCUGCGAGGGCUCAGAGAUGCUCAUCGAGUCUCCGUCGGCGAUGGCUGGUAUUCACAUUGCGGAGAAGUUGGGCAUCCCUUACUUCCGGGCAUUUACAAUGCCAUGGACGCGUACCCGAGCGUAUCCCCACGCCUUCAUCAUGCCGGAGCACAAGAUGGGAGGCGCAUACAACUACAUGACCUAUGUCAUGUUUGACAAUAUCUUCUGGAAGGCCACGGCAUACCAGGUUAACCGAUGGAGAAACAAUACCCUUGGCCUGCCCAACACGAGCCUGGAGAAGAUGCAGCCGAACAAGGUCCCAUUCCUGUACAACUUUAGCCCCAGCGUUGUGGCGCCUCCUCUGGACUUUUCGGAUUGGAUCAGGGUCACUGGAUACUGGUUCCUGGACGAGGGUGGUGAGUGGGAACCGCCCAAGGAGCUCCAGGACUUCAUCGACAAGGCGAGAGCAGACGGCAAGAAGCUAGUUUAUGUCGGGUUUGGAUCCAUCAUCGUCAACGAUCCUGCCAAGAUGACGCAAGAGGUCAUCGACGCCGUGCAGAAAGCCGACGUCCGAUGCAUUCUCUCCAAGGGCUGGUCUGACCGAAUCUCUCCCAAGGAUGACCCGAACAAGGCCCGGCCUGAAGAGCCCAAGAUGCCAGCGGAUAUCCACGUCAUCAAGUCGGCACCGCACGACUGGCUCUUCCGGCAGAUUGACGCAGCUGCUCACCACGGUGGUUCAGGUACCACUGGAGCUAGCUUGCGAGCGGGAAUUCCUACAAUCAUCCGACCCUUCUUUGGAGAUCAGUUCUUCUUUGCCAGCAGAGUGGAGGAUCUUGGAGUCGGUGUCUGGGUCAAGAAGUGGGGAACCAAUAGCUUUGGGCGAGCACUGUGGGAGGUGACUCGGAAUGAGCGAAUGAUUGUCAAGGCACGGGUCCUUGGCGAGCAGAUUCGCAGUGAGACUGGUGUUGACACGGCGAUCCAAUGCAUAUAUCGGGAUCUAGAGUACGCGAAGAGUCUGAUCAAGCGAAGGGCCGGCAAGAACAGCCAGAACGAAGCUGUUGAGGACGACGAAACGGAAGAGAGUUGGACAUUUGUUGGGAGAGACGAGCCAGACCCUGACCACGUCACCAAGAAGCUGAGUGACGGGUUGACGGGUCCCAGUGAGAAGGCGCCGGGAAGCCAGGUGCUGGAGACGUCGGAUGUGGCGACAUAAUUCACGGGCAAAGAAGGGAAACCGGGAGAUUUGGUGCUGGUCUACGACGCAAACGCAUCAUUUGGAUUGUAAUGUUGGGAGUCUGGACGUCGGUUGGAUGGGUGACUUCAGACUCGACUUUUGGGUUGUGUGAUGAGAUGAGACACGGA